UGGCCACCAUUUGUAGCGGCUCCCGCUGCUUGACCUCUCAUUUGCUGUGUGGUGGCUCCGACUGCUGCUGUUUUUUGCUGGCUCUUGCACCCACUUUAAUGAGUCACAUUCUUACAAAUUAUUCCUCCGUAUAAUUCAGUAAAGUUUUUAGGCCUUUUCGGUGUUGAAGUUUUCCCUCUUUCCCCACCCCCUCCCCUCCCCUCCCCUCUACCCAAGGCGGGUCUCUGUGAGUCGGUGGGGAGGUCGGUGCGGGACAGACAGACAGAGAGAGAGAGCGAGUCCAGGCUCCAGGCCCGGUUACCAUGGCAGCCGCCAAGGACGGAGUGGCCCAGGAGAAGUACAAGCUGGUGGUGGUGGGGGGCGGCGGCGUGGGCAAAAGCGCUCUCACCAUCCAGUUCAUCCAGUCUUACUUUGUUACAGAUUAUGAUCCAACAAUUGAAGACUCUUAUACCAAGCAAUGUGUUAUUGAUGACAGAGUGGCAAGAUUAGAUAUUUUAGACACAGCAGGACAAGAAGAGUUUGGAGCCAUGCGAGAACAAUAUAUGAGGACUGGGGAAGGAUUUCUCCUUGUCUUCUCUGUCACUGAUAGAGGAAGUUUUGAAGAAAUUUACAAAUUCCAAAGACAAAUCCUCCGAGUAAAAGAUCGUGAUGAAUUCCCUAUGAUCCUUGUGGGUAACAAAGCUGACCUAGAACAUCAAAGGCAGGUGACAUCAGAAGAAGGGCAACAACUUGCAAGACAGCUCAAAGUAACAUACAUGGAGGCUUCAGCCAAAAUUCGAUUGAAUGUAGACCAAGCUUUUCACGAACUAGUCCGAGUUAUAAGGAGAUUUCAAGAGCAAGAAUGCCCUCCUUCUCCAGAACCUUCACGGAAUGAAAAAGACAGUAGUGGCUGUCACUGUGUCCUAUUUUGAGAUGUUGUUUCCUGUAUUCACCUAACAGCUGCCAAACCACCACCUGUCCUUAUUUCUGCCUUCAAAAUCAUUUUGUGUGUCUAUCAGUAUUGCCUCUUUACCUGCAUGAUUACUGUUUGGUUGCAGAGAGCCUUAGUCUGAUAAAGAAGUUGGCUGUGUUAUGCUCUUGAGGGGGAGAGAAUUUUGUUACCCCUCUUUCCUCAAGACCAAAGGUUAAAUUUCAAGAAAACAAACACUAAGGUUGCUACUUAGAAUGUCACACCAUUGUAUUUGUUUCAGGAAUGAUAUUUCUAUUAAUUAUGAAAGAAAAUUUGGAAUGUAAACAGUUGAUUUGAGCUAACUUGCCGGAUGAAGUGUUUAAAAUCCAUGCUUACGUGUCUUGUCCAAAGUGCCAUUUAAUUUCUCGUGGUAUGGUUACAUGCUGAUCAGCUAUUGUACAUAGGGAUCCUUUAUUUCCAAGAGAAAAAAAACUUACCAAUUGAUAUAGAGGAAAGGGCAGCAAGGAAGGGUGAACUGAUUAUUUCUUUGCCCUGGUUAACACACAGAAAUAAGCCUUAACCAACACCUCAUUGUUGCUAAGAGUCCGAGUUUCAUGUCAUGCUGCAGUUUGUUCCAGUGGCCAGAUCCAGUCAGUCUGCUGUAUUUAUUUUAAACAACCCAGAGAGAUUUUGAAGAAAUAAUGUGGCUAAGAACCUGUGAUCUCACUGGAUAUGAACAUUCUAGAUUUUUUUCGAAAGCAAUUCCACAUCAUUGUUGAGGAGUUGCAAGUCUUUCUAUUUGCCUUCCUUUGAUGUGAGUUUUUUUGGGAUAAGGGAUUCAAAGUGCUAAAUUGUAGUUGAUUUUUCCUCAUGUAAUAUAAAGAGAUGGAAUUGACCUUUCCAUUGAUGAAGAUGAUUAAAUGUUUUGCUAUAUACUUUUAUACAUUAUUUUCUUAUCAAACUAGUUAACAAGUAUUUUUAUAUGUUUGUAAACAAAUAUGCUUUCACAGCAUAACUUGUGUAUAUGUAAAGAUGAGUAUUUAAUUCUCACAUUUCACUUUUAACUGACAAAAUUAUAGGUAUAAUUUACAAAACUGUGGUAGUCCUUUCCUAAUGUCCUCGUAGUAGCUGGGUGUACCCAGCUGUGUGUGGUCAUGUGCCUACAAAGUUUACCUACACAGAGUUUAACUCGAUUUUUCCAGAAUGCUACGACCAGGCAUUACAGAAGAUGGAUCUAUUAUGUAAAAAUGUGGAAUCUGAGAAACUCCUGCUGAUAUUUUUUGGGUUUGACUGUGAAUGGUCUCUGAGUACAAGUUCAGCAGAUUUGUAACUUGGUUUGAGGUUUGUUCUUCGAGCUGGAUCACUGAAAGGUUAUACACAACUAUCCUGACAGUGACUAUACAUCAACUCCUUGAAUUUGGUUUUACUAUACCCUUGUAUAGCUUCUGGUGCUAGAAUAAAAGAUAAUUAAUUUA